UUUCAUCUCGUUUCCUGUGGUUGGAGACCAGAUCAGAGCUACAAGCUAACUGAGUUAGCAGCACUUCUUUAUUUUUCACACUUUCAAAUACACGACACUUACGGCGUUAGUUUGGCGUGUACUUCUACAGGACGUCAUUAUUCGCCAGUUUCAUUCCGACACCAUCUUCUCUUCGCUCCCAGAGGGACGGCUGAGCCAUGUACAAUGGGAUAGGCUUGACGACUCCGCGGGGUAGCGGGACCAAUGGCUACGUGCAGCGAAACUUGUCGAGCCUUCGAGUCAAACGUCCCCGGGAUGAGCGUGGCGGCGAGCGGGACGAGAAGGACCGGGAGAGGCUGGAGAGUCAGCUCAACAGGCAGCCGAAUGCCGACAUCCUGGAGCACCAGCGGAAGAGGCAGCUGGAGGUCAAGUGUGCCGAGCUGCAGGACAUGAUGGAGGAACAAGGAUAUUCUGCUGAGGAAAUUGAAGAGAAGGUGAACAGUUUCCGUAUGAUGCUACAGGAGAAGGAGGAGCCGGCGCAACCCACCUCCGAGAGACCGACGGUAACAGAGACUCACGCCCUGGCUGCGGCCAAUCAGCAGAAGAACGACCGCCUCCGUGCUGCUUUUGGCAUCUCCAGCGACUAUGUGGAUGGAUCUUCUUUCCACGCCGACCGUAAGGAGAGAGAGAAGGAGAAGAAAGAGCAGGAACGGCUCGAGAGGGAAAGGAUGCAGCAGCAGAAAUAUGCGUUGUUGGAAGAGCCGGAGCAUUCAGAUUCUCCUCCGAAGAAACGCAGUCGAAAGAAGAAAAAGAAAAACAAGACCAGAGACAGCAGCUCAGAGAGUCCGUCCCCGUCUCCCCACAGAGAGAAGAAGAAGUCCAAAAAGAAGAAAAAGAGACGUGAGGUGUCAGAAGAGGAGGAAGAAAAAGACAGCUCGUCAGAUGAGAAGCAGAAGGUGUCAAAGAAGACAAGCAAAACAAGCCAAAGUCCUCCCAAAACGAAGACAGUGCGUCACAGGAGCGUCUCCUCUAGCUCUGCUCACAGCCAGUCUCCACCUCCGCUGAGAUCACGUCACCAGAAUCAACCUGCUAGAAAUGUUGAUGAAGGUAGAAAAGGCCGAUCGCCAGACAGGAGGAAACGAGGCUACGACGAAUACAGCCCACAACGGCAGGGAGGCGAAGGGAAGAGGCCUAAUCUGGAGAGAGAAAAAGAGCGGCCGCGUGAGACGGAAAAGACCUCCGCCAAGAGGAGGCACGACUCCUCGUCCCCGUCUCCGCCGCCUCAGGCAGCGAAAAACGCGGAGAGGGAGAAAGGGAGGAGAUCCAGAAGCAAAGAGAAGGAGGGCGAUAAAGGGAGACGCUCCAGGAGCAGAGAGGCCGAGAAAAGGCGGCGUUCGCGGAGCGUAGGGAUGGACAAGAGGAGGCGCUCAAGGAGCAUGGAGACAGAGAAAAGGAGGCGUUCGAGAAGCCAAGAAAAGGAGCGGGAGAGACGAAGGCGUUCCAGGAGUAGAGAGAUGGAGAAAGGGAGGCGAUCAGGGAGCAGAGAUAUGGAGAGAGGGAGGCAUUCAAAGGGUGGAGAAAACGAGAGGGAGAAAGGGAGGCGUUCCAGGAGCAAAGAUGUGGAGAAAAAGACGUCUUCAAGAAGCAGAGACAUGGAAAAGGGGCGGCGCUCAAGGAGCCGAGAGGUGGACAAAAGGAGGGGUUCAAAGAGUAGAGAAUUGGACAAAGGUAGACGUUCAAGGAGCACAGAAAGGAGGGACAAAGGGAAGGAGAGCGUUCCUCAGAGGACCAGACACGAUUCCUCCUCCUCAUCGUCAUCAUCCUCUUCCUCCUCAUCAUCCUCCUCCUCAUCUUCCUCCUCAUCCGCUUCUCCUCCACCUAAACAGGAGAUCAGCAAGGAACGGAGCAGAGACGCCGAGUGGGAAAACGACCGGAACAAACGGGACAAAAAGACCAGACCCGACUCUCCAUCUCAGUCGCCCCCUCCUGAAAAGGGAAGGCCGAGGAGGGAGAGGAGCGUAGAGAGAGAUCCGCACUCGAGAGCGACGAACGAAAGGGACAGCAGGAAAGAUGAUACGAAGAGGCAGGAGAGAGAAGCGUCCCCUCAUCAGCAGAAAAACGACAGGAGGAGGGACGGACCUCCACCCCGCGGCUCCCCGUCGCCCGCCUCCCGCUCCCCCGUUACCAACGGGCGUCAAAGAGAGAGGCAGAGGGAGAGUGAAAGGAGACAGGAGACAGACAGAGAGAGUGCGAAGGAAAGGGACAGGCCUCAGAACAAGCAGAGGGAACCAGAAAGAGAUAGGAAUAGAGAGGAGGUUGCCCGACAGUCUGCGGAAAGUCGGCGAGAUGGGUCGAGACCCGCCGAGAAGACGAGGAGCAAAAACCCAGAGAUGAACGAGCGGCAGGAGAAGGCGAGAAGCCCCGCGAGAGAGAAGACGGAGGAGAAGGCGAAACAGGCCGAUAAAAGAAGAGACAGCAGCAGCAGCAGCGGCAGCAGCGGCAGUAGCACCAGCGACAGUGACAGCGAUAGCUCUUCGUCCUCGUCGUCGUCCUCCUCUUCGUCCUCGUCCUCGGAAGAUGAGGGCACCGCGAAGAAAGUUGAAUCUGCGGGGAAGGAGAAGGACAGCCCUGCGAAAAGCGCCCCGUCCGCCGUCGGGGCAGCGGUUCAGAGGUAUUUAGCUAAUGGCAGAAAAGAAAGUUCUGCCUCUGCAUCCGAAGGCGAUGGAGCCAAAAGAACCCAGAGGGAGAAAGACGGCGGAGGAGACAAACACGACCGAGAGAGGCCGUCCCACAGAGCUCCCGCGGAGGAUCACCUGUCCCGAACAAAAGGCCAGGAGCGCUACAGCCCCACUCAGAUGGACAGCCCCAGUCCGCCUCCUUCUCCACCCAGAAGACCGGACAACAGGGGCGGCAGGAGAUAUUCUCCCCCCGAGUCUAGUGCCGAAAGGAGGAGAGUGGAGGUGAAAAGUGGAGAAAGAGAAAGGGAGAGAGGGAGGGACAGGGACGCGAGCAGAAAGACCACGAGGUCAAGUCCGUCGGCCAGGAGCUCACGCUCUCCGCCACCAAAAACCUCCCCAGCCCGUCGCACUCCACCGAGGCAGUAUCAGGAGCCCCCGUUCCGGUCCAGGAGAGCUUCUCCUCCUCCUCCCUCUUGGUCAGACCGGGACAGAGAGAGACAGAGGGAGAGGGACAGAGACAGAGACAGAGAGAGGGACAACAGAGAACGGGAGAGAGUUUUCAGGAGGAGCAGGUCUAGAAGUCCAAGAAGACGCAGCCGGUCCAGAUCCAGGAGUCCAAGGAGGCGAAGCAGCUCAAUUUCCAGAGGUCUAAGAAGACGAAGUCCUCCCAGCAGGUCCCGCCGGUCUCCUUCUCCACCGCGGCGAAAGAGGGCCAGUCGCUCUCUCUCCAGAGAAAGGGAAAGAGAAAGGGAGCGUGAUAGAGCGAGACAGAGGGAGGUGGAACAACGGGAACGGGAAACGGCAGAACGGGAACGAGAAAAGGAGCGUCUGCUCCCGAAAGAUGUUCCUCAAUCCCGCAGGUCCUCCUCGUCCUCCUCCUCGUCUUCCUCCAGCUCGUCCUCGUCCUCCUCGUCCUCACCUUCGCCCACGAGAGAGAGGGAAGACGCAAAACCGCCGACGGAGAGAGACAGGAGAGGAGAGCAAGAGGACAAGAAGCGAGAGGACAGAGAACAGGGUCCCUCUAGAGACUCCUCCCACGCUCCUGCGUCAGGCAGGAGAGGCUCUCAGCCCGACUCGCGCCGCUCCGCUGACGCGACCUCCGGAAAGUCUCCGGCGGCCGGUGGCCAAUCGGACGCCAAGCAGCCGUCACGAGGUCCGACCAGGAAGCAGGCGUCACCAGCAGCCCCCGAACCCGCCCCUCCUCCCCCCCAGUCGGUCCGAAACGAGAACGCCGUGAACGGGAAGGAGGCGAACAAGAAGGCUAACAAGAGCAGCAGCUCCAGCUCAUCUUCGUCCUCCUCUUCAUCCUCCUCCUCUUCAUCUUCCUCCUCCUCCUCCUCGGACAGCUCCGACUCCGAGGCGGAGCAGGGAAAAGGGAACCCAGUCAAAGCUCAAAGCUCUCCGUCUUCAUCCUCCUCCUCUGACAACGAGAAGAAAACUAAGAAAAGGAGUCCCGUCCGGCCUCAGCGGGUCGCGGCCGAUUCAUUGAGGGAUUCUCGCUCGCUCAGUUAUUCUCCUCCCAGACACAUGAGAGCAGCAGCAGGAACAGCGGCACCGUCCUCGCCCGGCCGCAGGAGUGGCAGCAGACAGUCGCCGAGCCGCUCGUCAAGCAGCAGACGAAGGAAAUGAGCGGACAAAUAAACUGGAGACGCCUUCGUCCUCUGUGUUUGAACUGGACUACGACAUGGACUGCUAGCCAAGGCGACACCUAACGUCUUGUACAUUCUUUUUCUUUUCUUUUCUUUUCUCUCUCUCUCCUAGCUGAAUGAGAAACAUCCACAAACAGUUAAAUGUCACUCUAACAACGUUUCCUCUCGACUCGUACUGUUUGUCGGAUUCUACCUGUAGAUAUGAGCUGUCUGUAUUUUGGUUAUUAUGAUGUGACGAAUACACGGUUUCCAUUUAAUGUGAGCAGAAACUAUAACAUGUGGCGAAUUUCUUUGUUGAAAAUGAUUAAUAAUGACAAUAAAAGGUAAUUGUACAUUUUA